CACCACUCCCUUCCUCACCCUCGGUCCUGACGAUCUCUCGGACACCAUGGAAGAAGCCUCUGUACUUGGGACUGGAGGACGUCUGGUCGUGGAUGAACUUGACCUGAGGGAGACAGAGGCUCAGUGGGGAGUGACGGCACCGGAACCCACCCCAGGUCCUGGGCUCAGCACCUUCACCGUCUCCAUGGGACAGACCACCACCACUGCCUCGGCCACUCCGGCCCCCAGGCCACACAUGAAGCCGCGCUUGCUGUCCAGCUUCCCACUCUCGUCCCUCAUCUUGUUACUCAGGAACUCGAAGACCCCGAACCUGUGGAGACGGACCGGGUCAGUGUCUGAGUUGCUCCACAUGUAUGUGGGGGCAUGUUUUGCCAUACUUGUGAAGGGUCUCCAGCACGAUGGCCGUCCCUCCGUCCUACUCCGACCUCGGCAAGGCUGCCAAAGAUAUCUUCAGCAAAGGCUACGGUUUCGGGGUGGUGAAGCUGGACCUGAAGACCAAGUCCCAGAGCGGAGUGGAGUUCAACACGUCGGGUUCAAGCAACACUGACACAGGCAAGGCCUCAGGCAGUCUGGAGACCAAGUACAAGAUGAAGGAGUUGGGACUGACCUACAACCAGAAGUGGAACACCGACAACACGCUGGGGACCGAGAUCACAGUGGAGGACCAGCUGGCUCAGGGCUUGAAGGUUGGCCUGGACACGUCCUUCGUCCCAAACACUGGGAAGAAGAGUGGGAAGCUGAAGACCGGCUACAAGCGCGACUACGUGAACGUGGGCUGCGACGUGGACUUUGAGGGUCCCAUCGUCCAUGCGGCCGGUGUGCUUGGCUACGAGGGAUGGCUGGCGGGGUACCAGAUGGCGUUUGACAUGGCCAAGUCCAAACUGACUCAGAAUAACUUUGCCCUGGGUUACCGGGCUGGAGACUUCCAGCUGCACACUAACGUGAAUGAUGGCACUGAGUUCGGUGGUUCCAUCUACCAGAAGGUGAACGAGGAGCUGGAGACGGCGGUGACCUUGGCAUGGACUGCUGGCAGCAAUAACACUCGCUUUGGUAUCGCCGCCAAGUACAUGCUGGACAAAGACUCGUCUCUGUCGGCCAAGGUGAACAACGCCAGUCUGAUUGGAGUGGGCUACACUCAGAGUCUGCGAUCAGGCGUGAAGGUCACAUUCUCCGCGCUCAUCGAUGGAAAGAACUUUAACGCAGGUGGCCACAAAGUUGGCAUGGGCUUCGAGCUGGAGGCGUGAACGACUGGCACUGCAGUUAGAAGAGUGACGACGAGCCGACUCACCACUCCGCCCUGACCCCCUCAUGUAGCCCCCCCACUUCACUCCCUCCGACUCCGUGGAAGUCGAGUUGCUGACGGUGGCGAGAGCUGGUGCAGUUCAGCGAUAUUUAAAGGGACACUAUUUAUUUCCUUGUAGGUUUGAAUGAUAUAGAUGUCAUAUGUAUACGUGGUCGCCUGCGUCGGAACCACGGUACAAGUCAGAUGUAGAAGUAGAAACUUGUUUGCUUGGUGUUUGUUCUUGUUUCCCUCAGUGUUUUGAUACGAAGCUGAAAAUCAUGGCUGUUACUGAUCAGGUUUGUUUGGAUGACGGUGAAAUGACGAAGCUGCCGAACAUGCUACUUAAGCCGCCAGCAAGAUCAAGCAGCCAGUGUCGCGUCAGUCGGCCCAGACGCUCUUGCUGUGUGGAGACGGAGGAGCAGAACCAUCGAGCUUGACUGGAGCAGUUAAGGUGGAAUGUAGCCACUGAACCUGCUCCGAUUGCUCAUCACUUCCUCUUUCCAGGUUGUUGCUUACGAGCCGACAGGAUGUAUUUAUUUUGCUCAUUGUUUCAUCGUAGAUGUCAAACCUGUUUUUGUUCCAACGUCAACCGAGGAGACAAUAAAAGAAUGAAAAGUG